AUGUCGUCUAUUACUGUGGUGCCAGUGGCUUGUAAAUUACGAGCUGAAUCAUGCACUUUUGCAAUUGCUGAUUCAUAUCAUGCUGGUAUGAGUGAUUUAGCAAGAACACAAGUACAAACAAGAUGGAAAUUUGAUGAUGUUAGAAUUGUAUGUGCAACAAUUGUAUUUGAUUGUCGUAGAACACAACAGCUUAAGUAUUUUGGUGAGCAGUUUGAUAAUAGUAAAUGCAUCAAAAAUAAAGAUACGUUAUUCACUAUAUGCUGGUAUAUGUGGUGGUUAUAUGUUAAUUUAUAUUUUACAUAUUUGGAAAUAAAUCCACUUGUUGUUACUGAUGAAUCAAUAUAUAUACUUGACUUGGCAGCAAAAUUAGAUACAACUGCUGAUUUUAUAUGUCGUUCAGAAUUUGGUGAAAUUGAUUAUCCACCACCAUUUGGACGUGAUGCAUAUCGAGAUGAGGCAUAUAUUGCUGAUCUUGAUGCAAAAUCUGGUGCAAGUUUAAAGCUAACAAUAUUAAAUCCAAAAGGUACAAUAUGGACAAUGGUUGCUGGUGGUGGUGCAUCCGUUAUUUAUUCUGAUACAAUUUGUGAUUUGGGUGGUGCAAGUGAACUUGCAAAUUAUGGUGAAUAUUCUGGUGCACCAAGUGAACAACAAACAUAUGAAUAUGCUAAAACAUUAUUAAUUUUAAUGACUAAAGAAAAACAUGAUAAUGGUAAAGUACUUAUUAUUGGUGGUGGUAUUGCUAAUUUUACAAAUGUUGCUGCAACAUUUAAAGGUAUUGUUAAAGCAUUACAAGAAUUUCAACCAAAACUUGUUGAGCAUAAUAUUAAAAUAUUUGUAAGACGUGCUGGUCUAAAUUAUCAAGAAGGUUUACGUAUUAUUCGCGAAGUUGGUCGUCGUUUGUGUAUACCAGUACAUGUAUUUGGUCCAGAAACACAUAUGACUGCAAUUUGUGCAAUGGCAAUGGGUAAAAAACCAAUACCAGAUCCAGAAGCACAAGAAUUUUCAACAGCAAACUUUUUAUUACCAUCAGGACAAGAUGUUGGUCCAAAAUCACCAACUGUUGAUGAACAAUCAUCAUCAACAACAGCAACAGCAACACCACCACCAUCAUCAUCAUCUAAAGUACCUAAAAUUAAAUCACAAUGUACAACUGAUUCUUCAACAGCAACAACAACAACACAACAAUUAUUUAGUAAUAAUACACGUGCAAUAAUUUGGGGUAUGCAAACAAGAGCUGUACAAAGUAUGCUUGAUUUUGAUUUUGUUUGUAGAAGAUCAAUGCCAUCAGUUGCUGCUGUUGUAUAUCCAUUUGUUGGUGAUCAUAAACAAAAAUUUUAUUGGGGACAUAAAGAAAUAUUAAUACCAGUUUAUAAACAAAUGAAAGAUGCUAUGACAAAACAUAGUGAUGCUGAUGUUAUGGUUACAUUUGCAUCAUUAAGAUCAGCAUAUGAAAGUACUGUUGAAACAUUACAAUUUCCUCAAAUUCGUACAAUUGCAAUAAUUGCUGAGGGUAUACCAGAAAAUAUGACACGUAAAUUAAUAUUAAUGGCAAAUGAAAAAAAUGUAACAAUAAUUGGCCCAGCAACAGUUGGUGGUGUUAAACCAGGUUGUUUUAAAAUUGGUAAUACUUGUGGUAUGAUGGAUAAUAUAUUACACAGUAAAUUAUAUCGUUCUGGUAGUGUUGCAUAUGUAUCAAGAUCUGGUGGUAUGUCAAAUGAAUUAAAUAAUAUUAUAUCAAAAGCAUCAAAUGGUGUUAUUGAAGGUGUGGGUGGUGAUAGAUAUCCAGGUACAACUUUCAUGGAUCAUAUAAUGCGUUAUCAAAAUAAUAAUAAUGCAAAAUUAAUUGUUUUACUUGGUGAAGUUGGUGGUGUUGAAGAGUAUGAAGUAUGUGAAGCAUUAAAAAAUGGUAAAAUAACAAAACUACUUGUUGCAUGGUGUAUUGGUACAUGUGCAAGUAUGUUUAAAUCAGAAGUACAAUUUGGUCAUGCUGGUUCAAUAGCACAUAGUAAUUUAGAAACAGCAUCAGCUAAAAAUUUAGCAUUAAAAAAUAGUGGUGCAUAUGUGCCAGAUAGUUUUGAUACAUUGGGUGAUUUAAUUGGUAAUGUUUAUCAGGGUCUUGUUAAUAAUGGUACAAUAAUACCAGAACCAGAAUUACCACCACCAACAGUACCAAUAGAUUAUUCAUGGGCACGUGAACUUGGUUUAAUACGUAAACCAGCAUCAUUUAUGACAUCAAUAUGUGAUGAACGUGGACAAGAAUUAUUAUAUGCUGGUAUGCCUGUUACUGAAGUUUUAAAACAAAAUGUUGGUAUUGGUGGUGUUGUAUCAUUGUUGUGGUUCCAAAGAUGUUUACCACCAACAUAUUGUAAAUUUUUAGAAAUGUCAUUAAUGCUUACUGCUGAUCAUGGUCCAGCAGUAUCUGGUGCACAUAAUACAAUUGUAUGUGCACGUGCUGGUAAAGAUUUAGUUAGUUCACUUGUAUCUGGUUUAUUGACAAUUGGUGAUAGAUUUGGUGGUGCACUUGAUGGUGCUGCUAAAAUGUUUUCAGAAGCAUAUGAUGCUGGUUUACAUCCACAAGAAUUUGUUAAUAAUACUAGAAAAAAGGGUGAUCUAAUUGAUAUUGAAAAUGAAGUUGCAAUGGAUAUUGUAAAUGAACUUUUAAUGGAUGCUGAAAAUGAAGUUAUUGAAUAUUCAAGAACUUGUAUGGUGCAUUACAAACCACAUGAAAAGUUGAUACUUCAUAGAGGAUUAUCAAGUCACGUUUUUCGACAUGGAUUCAUUUUAAAACAUUUUGAAAGCACAAGAAAUAUAUUCGGGUUCUAUUGGAGAGUCCUUUUACAAAUAACUGAUAGAAUUACUACUCGAAAUUUACAUGAAAUUGAAAAAAUAUGUCAUAAUAUGUGUACACCAGGCAGACCAGGCAGUGUCAGCCAUUAUUGCAAUAAUUCUCGUGGAUUUAUAACUCUCGAAUUACCAAUGCGUUGUAUAACAAAUUGUUUAAUUGCAACUGAUGUUACUGAUGAAGAUAUUGAUAUAUCAUCAUGUUCAUUAAUAAUACGUUCUUAA